UGAUUAUAAAACUGAAUAUUCAACAAAGGAAAAAUUAAACUUGAGCUUUCAUAGCAGUCUUUUACAUAUCAUAGGACUAAACGAAACAAUAUUUAACAUAAAAGAAAUGAUUAUGCUUUCAUAGCAGUCUUUUACAUAUCACUGUAGAUAUCAUCAGAGAUAACUAAUAUUUCAAAUAAGUACUAUUUGUCAAUGCUUUGCAAAAACCAAAAUGCGGCUUAGUCGCACAGGUGAAAGUCUAUUACGUUUUCGACUUAAUAUGUUAGCAGCCGCUGAGUACACCCGUUCAAAAUACACCCAGAAGAUGCCAUUAACGUCAAAAAUUGCAUUGCAAUUUUGUAUAAAUUAGGAUAGGUACUUUUCAUACCGUCCCAAAAACACGCAGGAUUGCUUUCAAAUGAGGCAGGCAUUGCUGUGUUUGCUGCUUACAAAUUUGAAAUUAAUUGAUCGAUGUUUUGCAAAACAUCGAUACAUCACUCAACAUCGGUAGCAGCAAAAACAUCGGAAAACAUCAGUAAACAUCGGCAGAAAAACAUCGAUGCUCGAUGCAUCGAUGUUUUUUUACAUCACUACGCUCCGGCGCCAGUUAUGCAGCAGGCCAAAUGCAAACGCUCCCGUUCGCCCACUGAGGAUACUUUGAACAAUAAUAAAACUCAGAAGGUUCUAGUCACACAGAAAAUAAGCGACGCUUCUGAUCCGGAAAAAUGAAGCAAGUACAUGAAAAAACUAAAAAGCUGUUGUUUGCCGGUGCCGUUGCUGCAGCUGCCAACAUGGCAGAGUGGAAGAACUCAAUAAACUCAGACUACGUCCAAAUGAGCGAGAAAUUUGUUAGAUCUUCAUCCGUGGCAUCUUCUCUGGCCCAGGAUAAGCUAAACGCACUAGGAGCCAAACUCACAGCGUUCCUGAUUGAUCCAAACAACAUCAUUAAAGGGGAUUCUUUAGCGAAUAAGUUUAUUAAGGAAAUUAGAGAAUUUGUCAAUGCUUCCAACGCAGAACUAGAUAGGCGUCAGAUUGCCCAAGGGAUGGCAGUUGGUUCUCAAAACAUCCAACAAUGAAGAUUCUUCAGCUAAAUAUUCAAAGUCUGACACACAACAACAACAAACAGCUCCUCUCAAUGUUCCUAGACAAGAACGCAAUAGAUAUUGCCAUCCUCUCAGAGAUUUGGGUGUUGAACAACGCGGACUGCAGCAUUUUAGACUAUAACUUUUUCUGCAGGCCCAGAGAGGACGGCUACGGCGGGGUUGGCAUCUACGUCAGGAAAAACAUUCAAUUCAGCAUUUUAAAAAUAGAGAACGACUUGGAAAUUUUAGGAAUAAAAACAUUAAACCUCAAGAGCAAUUUCAAUAUUUUAAGCAUAUAUGCACCGCCAUCAACAACAGUUUCACAGUUUAAAUCGGGCACAAAAAAGUUUUUCGAAUGCGCGGCUUCGCUUGACAUAUCCUCAAUAGUGGGCGGGGACUUCAACGCUAGGUCUUCUAUCUGGGGAAGUCCGAUCUGUGAUCGCAAGGGUCGCAGCAUUGAGAAUUCCACCCGGGAGGCCGGAUUUAUCUGCCUAAACGACGAAAUGGAACUAUUAACUGGCAAGUCCUCAAAACAAAAAUUACGAACAGCAACCACUUCCCAAUUGUAUUAUUAGUGCAAGGCCUAAAUGCCCCCCUCCAAGGCAAGAAGAUCCUUCACAACAGAAUAGCCCGGAUUCUGGGUGCAAGUGAUUUCUCAAAUCUGGAGGAGCUCAAUGAAAAAGUGAAAUCCCUGACCUUAAAAAACACGGUCACAUUCCCAAGCAAGAACAAGUACGUUGCUAAGAAAUGGUGGAACGAGGAAACGGAAAAACUUUUUCGCGUGAGAAACGCUUGCAGGCAAAAAUUCUACCUCACCAAAAAAUUGGCUGAUGCCAGAGCAACCUUAGAA